AUGGCGGGCUUUCUGCAACGGUGCAAGGAAGCAUGCAAGGACGUGCUUGAAGAGAAAUCCGAAAAAACGGAGCAAGGCGCAUCUCCGGCGAAGAAGUGGUGUUCGCAGUUCGAGAAACAGCUGUCCAAGCUCGGGGGGGACCUCACGCUGAUCAAGGUUGCUUUGCUUGCGUUGUCACAGGAGGUCGUGGACUACCUCAGCUUCUGGCAGCAGGACUCUGCAGAUCUCAAGGUGCUGAAGCCCCACGAGCACCCGGCAUAUGCUGUACUUCAGUUUCUGCAUUCUGGAAACGCUGAGCACAACGAGCUGAACAGCGAGCAUCUGGAACGAUGGUUCGAGUCAUACUCCAGAAAGCGGGGCUCCAAAGCUGUUUUCAAGCCGCUGCAAGACUGCGUGAUUGAUGCAUCGUCAGCCGGCGAUACCGUGAAGCUGCCCAUCACGGCAAUCAAGUUCCAGUGCCCACCGGACGGGUUGCCGUGUGUGAGGGACUGGAUCACGCUCUUUGAAAGCAUGGUCUGCACGGGCAUCGACUUGGCCCGUGAGCCUCUCUCUGUCAGCGUGGACUUGGCGGACGGCGGCAAGCUUCGACCGGCGACGGUCGACAUCUACAAGGGCUUUACAAAAGCCAGUGUCAUUGCGUUCUGUUUGUGCGUUUUGACAGACUUGGAUGUCGAAGAGCAGUGGCCUUUGAUCGAACCCUUCACGACGUUCUUGGUUUCGCUCAGUCUGUCGGCCGUGGACCAGUCCUUCUCCAACCUUGCUUUGAGCUACAGAGGGGCGGAGAGGCAGGCCCCUUCGAUCAUAUCCUUGGCCCUGCGCUUCAACGACGUGCUCAAAACAAAGUCCAAGCAGGCCUGCUUUCCUGCGGGGUCGAACGUCGAGAAAAGAAUCGAGGCCAUCGUCGAAGAGUUCAACGGCAGCAGCCUUAUGACGGCGAGGUUUGCUGUGGGCUCAGAGAAGAUCAAAGCGAUUUCCAACAUUAUCGUGGGAACGUGCGAGGAGACCCUGGCGCUGAUGCAGUCUCACUUGCACACGACGAAAUGGAAGGAUUCGGCAUUCAGCCACAACUUGUUGAAGUCGAACAGAUGGCUGAUUGGCGCCUCCCGGCGAGUUGAUCACAACUACAUGCGCAGCCUGCUGGUGGUGACGGCACCGAUCCAGGAGUUCUUCGUGCGCAACCACAUCCUCGCUUUCUUGAAAGCAGGCAGGCGACUCCGGAGUAGCGCCCGAGCGAAAUGCCGGCCGAGCGUGGAGCAGUUCGAGCAAGCCAUGGACUAUUGCUGCGUGAUGUACCACUUGGUGGAGGAGGCCACCAAGCAGUUUCCCAAGAAGGACAUGCGUGCCCUGAUGCAGGCUGUGGACAACAGGCUCGUCCCAUCGUUCACCUUGCAAGUGCUCAGUCAAUCAGCUCUCUGCUUGCGUUUCGGACUCCCGGUGUCAGGGAGUUUUACGACGAAGUCAUACUGGCUGUGGACACCCAGCUUCCCAAUUGGAAGCUCGCCCACCUGA